GCUUAAAUGAGAAACCAAUUAAAACAAACCAAACAGAGAUUUUUUAUUUUUGUUUGGUAAUAAUUGUUCAUCCUCUUCCAAACCAAUCGAAACUUAUAAAACCAAACAGAGAACCGGCAUGCAUCCGUACUCCGUAGAUCAGUUGGGAAAAAGUUUUGGGGCUGUUAUUUGCUUUUGUAGAUUACCCAUGAGGGCCGUUGCCUGGUUAACCUGCUCCGCCGCUCGCCACCAUCGUUAGCCGUUGCAGAUUCCGGAUCCGCACUUGUAUCUCUUUCUAAAAGCUAACGCCGUUGAUAUCUUCGUCGCAUACAGAGCCGGGCGUAUUACCGGCGGCCUUAUCCGAGGGUUUUGACCUCGUGCCGCAAAAUCAAUUGGUCUCAGGUUUGGCGCCUCAUUAUAUUCACAGUUUCCAGGUAUUGUUCACUUCUAUUUGUUUUCUUUAAAACACUGGUUAUUGGCACAAGUUCCAAUAGUUCCAUAUUAGUUUCGGGUGUGAACGUUAAUUGAUGUUUAUGUUUCAUAAUUUCAAAUGAAUAAUGUCUGCUCUGUUGGUAUACGGUUUAGGAAAAUUUGGAAAAUUUAAUAGUAGUGCUUAUGAGCAAGAUAUGGAAGAUUAAAUGUGGUGCAUUUUUUCUUGGGCUAUGGAAAAUGUGGCUCGUCUAUUUAUGAACCUAAGUAAGAUUCAUAAAGGCAUUGCAUAUUGUUUGACCACGGGAAAUUCAAGAAUUUUAAGUUUUGAUAUUGUCUAUGGACUUUGCAACACUGUAUUGAUAUUUUACUUAAAAUGUGCAUUUGAUAAAAAGUACCUGGUAACACUCUAAGAGUGAGCUGUUAUCCUGUAUUCCAUUAGCAUUUCAUUUAAGAUGAUAUUUCGUAUUGGCCCUUGAAUUCUAUUGGGCUUUAAUAUUGGUUUAUUGGAUGAGAUCAAACGAAAAUAUAAGAAAUAGUUUCAUACAAAUUUUAAAAUAUUUGGAGAACUAGAUGCACCUUCAAAGCAUAUCACCAUCUUUCUCAUUUGUCCCAUUGUAUCCAUUUCACAACUAAUCUGUGGCGCAGGGGCGUAGCUAGGGAGGGGCCAACUCUGGCCCCAGCCGGCUCCGCCCCUUCUGUGGUGGACUCGUAAGUUUUGUUCAUUUAGGAGGGGCGCCAUUCAAAUAAAAUCAUAAAACGAUUACGUAUAUCAACUUAAAAUGAACAAUAGUUUAAAACGUUCAUAUAUAUUGAUUAAUGCAGCUUGUCUAAGGCCAUGAACGUAUUAUGUUAGACUAAGAAACAUCGCCAGUUUUUUUGUAAAUAUUAGUGGCUGAGGUAAACUUCAAAUGGAUGGCCUGUUGACUGGUGAACCCUCCCAUCAUGGUAUAUUGAAAGGGAAGUUUGAGGGUUCUCAUGAAAAGCUUGAAAAAUGUGGUCGUUGUUGGUAUCUCUCAAGGAAGGAAAUUGAUGAAAAUUCCCCUUCUAGACAUGAUGGCAUUGAUCUGAAAAAAGAAAAUUAUCUACGGAUAUCAUACAGCACAUUCUUGCAAGAAUUGGGUGUGGCCCUUAAAGUAUUAUUUCCAUAGCAUGUAUGUUUCUAGCGGGUAAGGUGGAAGAAACUCCACAUCUUCUAAGAGAUGUCAUUGUUGUGGCAUAUAAGAUUAUACAUGCAAAGAAUGCCGAAGAAGCCCAAAGGGUCAAACAAAAGGAGGUGUAUCAGCAAAAAAAGGAACUUAUUUUACAGGCAGAAGGGGUAGUUCUGGUAACGCUUGAUUUUGACCUCAUUGUACGUCAUCCAUACAAGCUCCUUGUUCAGGCCAUUAAGAAAAUUAAGGUCGCACAAGAUGCACUUGCUCAAGUUGCAUGGAACUUUGUCAAUGAUGGGCUCAGGACAUCUAUAUGCUUGCAAUUCCAGUCCCACCAAAUUGCAGCUGGUGCUGUUUUCCUAGCAGCUAAACGUCUCAAACUAAAGAUUCCAUCUGGUGGGGAGAAUCCAUGGUGGCAGGAGUUUGGUGUCACCAUACACCAAUUGGAGGGUGAUUGAAUGCAUGCAUUUGAUUGUAGAGAUUGGUUACACAUCAUGGACUAGAAUGAAUGAAUGAGCAAAUGUUUCAAAAUGUUAUGAGAUUACGGCAUGCAACUAAUUUAUAUUAAUUUGCCUUAUUUAUGUUAUAUAUAUAGCAUUUGAGAGGUAAAAGUUAAAACCAAUCUGGGUUGUUCGGUUGUGCAGUCAUGUUGCAUUUUUGUACGUUAUUAAUAUUUUUUUAAAUAUAUGUGUUUUUUUCCUCUCUUUUAACUGGAGGUAGUGGGUGUUCCAUGCUUUGCAGAUUACUGCAAACAGAUGCUAGAGUUGUAUGAGAGGCGUGAAGCACAACCAUUGAAGCAGCAGACUGCUAGUGGAUCUGAAGGAGGGGGUAGUGCGCUGACGGCUCUAGCUGCUGCUGCUAGUGAAGAACGAGCCACCAGUUACAUUUGUUCCUCCUCCCGUGGUGGUGACAGUGAGACUAACACCAAUGCAAGCAGCUGCCGGAAAAGAAAACAAGAAAGCUGGCAGCCCAAAAUGUCAAGACCACCACCACCACGAUCUGAUAAAGACAAUGCCCUUCAAAAAGAGGCUGCCACUGCUGUAACACAUUGUAGUCAAGCUAUAAUGCAUCAUGGAAAUAAUGAUCUUGAAGAAGGGGAAGUUGAACCAUCUCACCCGGAAGGCCUCUCAUUACCUCAUACUAUUCCUUCCACUAGAAUGGAAUUGAAUUUGGGUUAAUGAGGGAGGCUUGCGAGAAGAAAAAAAUCAAACAUAUGCUGCAAAGAUCAACCAUCUUAUUCCCUUUGAGUCAUAUAUCUGGAGCACAGCACACCAUAUUUGAGGUUUUGAAGUUCUGAUCUUCAUUCAUAACUACCGUUUACAAAUGCAACACAUGUGGUUUCACUGUUGUUUUCAUUUUUUUGUACCCUCCUCUCUUAAUUAUGGUGUCUUACUGCCUUCUCCUCACUAUAUUACUCCUAUUGAAAGUGAAGGAGUGGCGGCCAACUUUGUCACUUUGAUAUUCCUUCCACAUUUGUACAUGCAAAAAAAGAAUCACAUUUGUGAG